AUGGUGCCGCUCAUCAUCGAUACCGACGGCUCGAGCCCAGGUGGCUAUGCUUUGAAUCCGGGUGACUUUGAUUUUGACAGCGGUACAAAAGAUCACCUAAGUGACCAUACCGACACAGAUGGCAAAUUGCGAAGUGACAAUUAUAAGGAUAUUGGCAAUACUUGCCCUCAGAUAGAUCAUGCGCCAAAAAUUUCAAUACAAGAACCCAUCGCUAUUUGCGGCAUGUCAGUUCGUCUUCCCGGAGGCCUACACACACCGCAACAAUUAUGGGACUUUUUGAUUGCUAAAGGGGAUGCCCGUGGCACAGUGCCUAAAUCAAGAUACAAUGUCUCUGCAUACUAUUCUGACUCUGAGGCGGCGAAGCCCGGCAGCAUUAAGACCGAAUAUGGUUAUUUCCUCGAUGAGAGCGUUGACUUGGCUUCUAUCGAUACAUCUUUCUUCUCCAUGGCAAAGGUUGACGUUGAGCGGAUGGAUCCGCAUCAACGACAAAUGCUCGAGGUUGCUCGCGAGUGCCUCGAGGAUGCGGGUGUGAGCUGGAAAGGUCGACCGAUUGGCUGCUACAUGGGCAGCUUUGGCGAGGACUGGGUUGAGAUGUUCGCAAAGGAGGACCAGCAAUAUGGUUUAUACCGUGUGACUGGCUAUGGAGAUUUUAUGCUGUCCAAUCGUGUUUCAUAUGAAAUGGACUUAACAGGGCCAAGCAUGGUAAUUCGCACUGGCUGCUCUGCUGCUCUUGUUGCAUUGCACGAGGCAUGUUUAGCAAUUUCCAGAGGUGACUGUGAAGGAGCCAUUGUCGGGGGAGCCAAUUUGAUAAUGGCUCCAGGGAUGACCGCCGCAAUGACGGAGCAAGGCGUCCUUGCACCAGAUGGGUCAUGCAAGACUUUUUCUGCAGACGCUAACGGUUAUGCUCGUGGGGAAGCGGUCUCUGCUAUCUUUAUUAAGCCACUGGCUCAGGCCAUACGCGAUGGUAAUCCCGUCCGAGCUGUUAUACGGGCAACAGCUUCAAAUAGCGAUGGAAAGGGUACUGGCGGUGGCCUCCAAAUGCCGAAUGAUGUUACCCAAGAAGCCAUGAUUAGGCGAGCUUACGAAGUUGCUGGUAUUCCGGACUGCGAUUACUCCCAGACGGCCUUCGUUGAGUGUCAUGGCACAGGAACCUCAAUCGGUGACCCGAUAGAAACCCGGGCAGUCGGCCGUGUUUUUGGUCCAUCCGGGGGUGUUCAGAUAGGCUCUGUCAAGCCUAAUCUUGGCCACUCUGAAGGUGCCUCAGGUCUUACCUCGCUGAUAAAGUCAGUGUUGGCAUUAGAGCAUCGCAUCAUUCCCCCGAACAUCAAGUUCAACGAGCCUAACCCUGACAUCCCAUGGGAUACCUGUGGUCUUUCUGUUCCCACGGAAGCAACAUCAUGGCCCAAAUCUCGAAAAGAGCGUAUCAGUGUCAACUCCUUUGGAAUUGGAGGCACAAACGCGCAUGUGAUUCUCGAUUCCGCUCAAAGCUUUGGGGUCUCUCCUCUCGUCACUCAGCCAAUAAUAUCCCCACAAUUACUUGUUUAUUCCGCCAACAACACGGACUCACUCAAGAGAAUAAUUGCCAAUUAUCGAGAAUACGCCCAAAAGCACCCUGGCAGAGUGAAUAAUCUAGCCUUCACUCUAGCUAGACGAAGGGAGCAUUUAACUUACCGAGCCUUCGCCGUGGCAAACCUAUUCGGGGAUCUCAAAGCUUCACUACCAUUUCGGUCAUCUAGUGAGCCCCUUAGCAUUGUCAUGGUUUUCACUGGUCAGGGUGCUCAAUGGCCAGAAAUGGGUCGAUGCAUGAUACUUAGCCCAGCCUAUCCGGUCUUCAAGGAGACUAUAAGAUCUCUCGACUCAUAUAUUCGGGACCUUGAGAAUGCUCCAAACUGGACAAUUGAGGAAGAGCUUCAAAAACCAAUCAAUAUUAGCAGACUCGGAUCUGCUGAAUUUUCUCAGCCUCUUUGCACGGCAAUUCAAAUUGCCUUGAUCGAUACAUUUGCGUCCGUUGGUAUCCAGCCAGAUGCCGUUGUUGGCCACUCCAGUGGCGAGAUAGCUGCCGCAUAUGCAGCCAGUGCCAUCACUGCCAAGGAGGCUAUCAUAAUUGCAUUUUUCCGCGGUCAGGUCACUAAACUACAAGUCAAAGGGGCUAUGGCCGCGAUCGGCCUUAGCUCAGAGAGUGUACAAGAGUAUUUACAGCCCGGAGUGGUUGUUGCUUGCGAAAAUUCGAACAAAAGUGUGACCAUCGCUGGUGACUGCGAAGCAGUUGAGCUUGCAAUGAUCAAGAUCAAAGAAGCCCACCCUGAUAUCCUGGCUAAGAAGCUACAGGUGGACAAGGCAUAUCACUCUCACCAUAUGACUCAAAUAGGUGAUAGAUAUCAUGCACUUAUUGAAAAUCAUAUAUCGAGCAAAAGUUCCAAACGGACACUCGAGACAUUAUUCUUCAGCAGUGUUGAGGGCAGACUACUCACUCACGAGUCGGACCUGGAAUCCAGGUAUUGGCAGAGGAACUUGGAGUCUCCUGUCCUUUUCCGCUCUGCUGUUUCCUCCAUUAUCCAGCACAACAUUGCGAAGAAUAUGGUAUUCCUCGAGGUUGGCCCACAUUCCGCGCUUGCUAGUCCGCUACGGCAAGUUCAAAGCCACCUUUCUAACACUUCUCCUUAUGUUUCUACGCUUGUACGCCACCAAAACGACGUGGAAUCAUUUUUAACAUCUAUCGGGAAGCUUUAUACUCUAAAUGCCAGCCUUGAUCUAGAUAAGGUCAUUGCUGAGGGUUCAGUCCUGCCGGAUCUUCCUAGGUAUCCUUGGGACCACUCAAAGAAAUUCUGGCACGAGUCUCGAUUGAGCAAGCAUUGGCGACACCGGCCAGGGGGAUACAAAUACCACGGUCUUUUAGGUCUCCGAGUGGCAGAAAGCCUCGAAUUUGAGGUUCUCUUCCGCAAUGCUUUCCAUCUAGAAAAUGCAGCAUGGAUUCGUGACCACAAAAUCGGCGAAGACAUCGUUUUCCCUUUCGCCGCGUAUGCUGGGAUGAUUGGUGAGGCCGUGCGGCAGGUGACUGGUAUCAAUGAAGCAUUCAAAAUGCGAAAUGUGGUUGUCAAUACUGCUUUGGUCUUGAAAGAAAGCAGCCAGCCAGUGGAACUGAUGACUACAAUGCGCCGUCACCGCCUGACAAACUCCCUCGAUAGCGACUGGUGGGAGUUCACAAUCGCUUCUCACAGUGGCGCAGUUUCGAUAAAGCAUUGUUUUGGUGAGGUCAGAGCGCAUAGCGGAAAUGUCUACCAGGGAAGCAAUGCUCCUCUUUUGCGCAGGGUCGAUACCCGUCGCUGUUACCGGACCAUGGCUAGAUCUGGUCUCAAUUUUGGGCCUGCAUUCCAACGUCUUAGUGAUGUUCGCUCAGAUACCCUUACACAAAAAGCAACAUCAGAGGUGAUUCGCAAGAAAACAGAUGACGAGAGCUACCAUUUACAUCCGACCAUCAUCGAUGCUUUACUACAGCUACUCCCUAUUGCUGCGUCCAAGGGCUACGCCAACGCCGAUCCUACUACAAAGAUGAUGGUACCGACGAACAUUGAAGAAUUGUGUAUUUACAGAUGCCAUGAAGAUGUUCAGGUCAGAGCAUCCGCAUCAUACACCCCAAAUGGCUCUAUCAUUGGUGGCGGGCAGUGCGUUUCUAAUGGUAAGCUUGCCUUGCAUGGCUCGGGUAUCAGGCUCUCUGUUCUAGAUGACCAGACUGGCAAAGACGAUGAUACCACUGCUCGCGCAGAAUGGGGAUGCCAUAUUGACUUUCUGGACCUCAACACUCUCAUCCUGCCAUCGAUCGAUCGCAGUGCCUGCACGGAAGCUUUAACAGAGCUAUGUCAUAUCUGUAUGGUCCAUACAAAUCGUGUCCUUGCAGGCCUAAAAACUCCGAUCAGUCAUAUGGAAAAGUACCGAAGUUGGGUAAACCAACAACUGCAGCUUUGUGAUUUUGACCACUCUAUACUUGACAACUCUAUGAUUGAAGAGCAAGUCAAGUGUAUUGUCAACAAUUUAUCGCAAACUAUAGCUGCUCCUCCUUCCCAAGCAAUUCAAAAGAUAUUCAACAGUAUUGAAGGUAUCUUCACUGGUGAAAUAGAUGCGCUGGAUUUACUUCUUUUGGAUGGCACUAUGGACAAGUUAUAUGCUUCCAUUGAUCAAUGUGACGAGUCGCAGUUUUUUGAACAUUUGGCACACAGCAAGCCCAAUCUACGCGUGCUUGAGAUCGGUGCCGGGCUAGGUGGGUCUACUGCUAAUGCGCUGAGGUUCCUAACGCCCGGUGGCAGAACGCUUUAUUCCCGUUACACCUUCACUGAUCUCUCUCCUGGCUUUUUUGUUGCUGCCAAAGAUCGCUUCAGUUCAUAUCCGAAUAUGGAAUACGCCACCCUUGAUAUUAACAAAGACCCUGCGGAGCAGGGCUUUGAUGGUACGUACGACUUGAUCCUGGCGACCAAUGUGAUUCACGCCACUCCAUCACUCAAUGAAAGUUUGAAGAACGCCCGCAAAUUGCUCGCACCUGGCGGACGGCUUUUGCUCCAUGAGCUAGCACCAUCACCGAAAUCUAAAUGGGUGAAUUACAUUUGGGGAACCCUAGCCGGCUGGUGGAACGGUGAAGCUGAUAACCGAGUUGAUGAGCCAUAUGUGGAUGUUCAUCGGUGGGCGAGAGAGCUGAAGGCUGCUGGAUUUCGUACUCCAGAUGCCGUCGUACUUGAUUCACCAGAGCCAUAUCAGCUGGGUGCCGCCAUUGUGGCCAGACCAACGCUUGACUUAAAAAAUGUCCCUAAAAAAUGCGUGACACUCUUGAGCCUUUCUGAGUCCAGUCGUGUACGAUCCAUGGCUCAGGAUUUGCAAAGGAGGGGAUUUACCGUUGAUUUUCGCAGACUACAGGACAUGCCUUUAACCGCUGGCCAAGACGUGAUUGCUUUGCUUGACGAUGAAUCGCCAUUUUUUGAGAACAUUGAUCAUCAGCGAUUCACGUCGUUCAAAGCUUUGGUGGAGAACAUGGAAAAAUGCGGUAUUGGUAUUCUCUGGGUGACUGGCCUCUUACAGAUCGAAUGUCGAGAUCCAAGAUUUGGCCAGAUCAAUGGAAUCGCAAGAUCCAUUCGUUCCGAGAAAUUGGUUAGCCUUGCCACUUGCGAGGUUGACAAUGUUGAUUCUGAUUCUUCCCGUGAAAAAAUUAUUGAUGUCUUCGAGAUGUUUCAGCUCCGCUGUGAAGACCACUCUCUUAAACCCGAGUUCGAAUACGCUAUUGUCAACAAUACAGUACAGGUUGCACGCAUUCACCCUUUCAAGGUGCAGGAGGAGCUCUUGACCUCUGCUGCAAGCGAUGCUACUGCUCUACGCACGACUAGGCCUGGCAGUCUGACCGCUUUGCACUGGGCUCGCCAGAUGACCGAAGGGCUGGAGGGUGAUGAUGUGGAGAUUGACAUAUAUUCCACUGGCUUGAACUUCAGAGAUGUUCUAAGUGCCAUGGGCAUUGUCGAGGCCUCGGAAAUUGGAUUCGGCUUGGAGGCUGCUGGUAUUGUUCGGCGUACCGGCCCCCAAGUUAAGGACCUCAAGGCCGGAGACCGCGUGUUUUUAAUGGGAUCUGGUGCAUUCAGCACGCAGAUUGUUGUUUCGGAGAGUGUUUGUGAGAAGAUCCCUGGUGGUUUGAGUUUCGAAGACGCGGCUACAAUGCCUUGUGUGUUCGCUACGUCGAUCUAUUGCUUAUUCAAUAUUGGGAAUCUACAAAAAGGACAGUCCAUUCUUAUACAUAGUGCCUGUGGUGGGGUUGGUCUCGCUUCCAUCCAGCUCGCUCAGAUGGUCGGUGCUGAAAUCUUUGUUACUGUUGGGAAUGAGCAGAAAGUGAAGUAUCUGAUGGAAAACUACGGUCUUCCUCGAAACAGGAUCUUCAAUUCUCGUAGUACCUCGUUUACUGAGGACGUUCUGCGGGAGACUAAUGGUGGUGUCGACCUAGCACUUAACUCACUGUCUGGUGAGUUGCUACAUGCUACGUGGAAGUGCAUUGCAGAGUUUGGAAAAAUGAUCGAAAUUGGGAAACGAGAUCUGAUGGGAUCUGGAAAGCUUGACAUGAGUCCUUUCAUCGGGAACCGCAGUUACUGCUGCGUCGACUUAGAUCAAAUCUGCGUGAAGAGACCGAUCAUUAUAAAGCAGUACGUUACUCCGGAGCUCGGCUACCUGCUUAGAGAGCGAUAUAUACACCCGAUCCGACCAAUCAAGGCCUUCAAGGCUGAUGCAAUACUCGACGCAUUUCGAUACAUGCAGCAAGGUAUACACCUAGGCAAGAUCGUGGUUUCGAUUCGUGAUCCUGCUGGCCAGGUAAAUUUAGAUGGGCAGGUUCAAAAUCGAAGAGAGCCCAUGCAGUUCACCAAUUCCAGUUCAUAUCUCCUGGUCGGUGGCCUCGGAGGCCUAGGCCGAGCUCUCUCUGUCUGGAUGGCAGAACAUGGCGCUCGUCACUUCAUAUACCUUUCUCGCAGCGCGGGUGCGAAUCAGGAGCACCUAGACUUUGCGAAGGAGCUGACUAGUAUGGGAUGCCGCGUCGACUUUGUCCAGGGUAGUGUAUCCAAGCUUGACGAUGUGACCAAAGCUAUCACGCUUGCUCAAGCCCAGGGCCAACUUAAAGGUAUUUUCCAGAUGUCCAUGGUGAACCGUGAUCAAAACUUGACACGCAUGACCCUAGAGGACUGGAACGAAGCCGUGGAUCCUAAGGUCACUGGAACGUGGAACCUCCAUAACGCAGCUCUCUCCGUCGGCGCAGAGCUUGAUUUCUUCGUUCUUUUCAGUUCUCUCUCUGGUAUGUUUGGGCAGCCUGGUCAAAGCAACUAUGCUGGCGCGAAUACCUUCUUGGAUGCAUUUUCUCAAUAUCGCCUGAGCUUGGGGUUGCCGGCCUGUGCAGUGGGUAUAGGAGCGGUCGAAGAAGUGGGCUGCCUCGCUGUCCGCGAAUCAGUCAUGCAAAGAUUCAAGGCCACUGGUAUCUUGGGUGAUACAAUUUCCGUAUGCGAACUUUUCCAGGGAAUGGAAUUGGCCAUCAAGUCGACAACCAACAGGUCCUCAAACAACUUCUGCAUUGGGCUUCGAUCUAAGGUCCCCCUCAAUGAUCCCGGAAAUCGUGCCCUCUGGAAGAAAGAUAUCCGGACUGCGGUUUUCCAUAACAAGGACACCACCAGUAACAAAUCAAGCACUUCCAGUGACGGUCUCAAAUCAUUCAUUGCUGCGGCAAAGAGUAACCCGACUUUGUUGGUUCAACCUGAUUCCGCUCAUUUUCUAGCUGUCGAAAUUGGAAAAAAAGUGUUUAGCUUCUUACUGAAGUCAGAAGAUGACCUACAUACGUGGUGCUCAUUGUCUGACCUUGGUAUGGAUUCCCUUGUGGCGAUAGAGGUGAGACAGUGGUGGAAGAUGACAUUUGAGUUCGAUAUCAGUGUGCUUGAGAUGAUGGGAAUGGGCACGCUGGAUGCCCUAGGGGAGCAUGCUGCCAAAGGUAUGCUCACAAUGUUCCAUGGUGGUGAGGAACAGACCAAUUAG